AUGGAUAAAUACGAGGAUUUAGGACUUGAGGCGAGUAAGUUUAUCGAGGACCUGAACAUGUAUGAAGCUUCUAGGGAUGGUUUGUUUCGCAUGAGGAGAGAUGCAGGAAAUAACCCCGACUUUGAAGAGACAAGAAGAGUGUUCGCCUCCAAAAUGAGUAAAAUCCACAUGCAGAAGCACCAGGAGGAGUUGGCGAAAGGCAACCAGGUGGUUAAAAUGAAUGGGGGCCACGGCAGCGCACAUUACACCAAAGACAGACCGCCCAUCAACAGUCACAGACCGGCUGAAGCGGCGGCGAAGCCUCCGAUACUGUCUGGCCCCGUGCCGGGCACCGUGCCUGGGAAUCAGUACGCGCAGCUUGACGGCCAGAAACACCUCACGGGGAACACGUCGGAGCCUCCAGCUGGCAGGGCUUAUGGCCACGGAAACAAUUACGAUAAUAAGGAGCGUUUAGAGCCGCAGCCAUACCAGCACAGCGCCCCUGCUCCGUCCAGCCCAGGAAGCGCGUCUCGCGGCGCGCCCACACAUGCUCGUCACCCUGUCAGCCCGCCGGCUGCCUGGGCCCCGUCCACAGACGGCCAACUUUCCUCGUGUCUCAGUGACUCUGGGAGCAGAUGUGAAUCUCAGCAGCAGCCCCAGCCCCUGCCUGCGCUUUCUACAGCCAACCAGCAAAAUCACGCAGUUGCUUCCACCAUAAACCAGAGUGCACCCUCCCCUGAUGGACCAGCCAGGGCCUGGGCUGGAGGGCACUCCACCUCAGCAAAGCCUGACCUCAUCCCGGCCCUUCACCUGAGCGCCUUCACAGGGGGAGCGGAUUCAUGCGUGCAGCAGGUUUCCAUACAGCCAUCAGCUCAUUCUGCGUCACAUUCUCCAACUCCAAGAUCCUCCACUAGCCACACUGGCCAUAAUGGUUCUCUACCAGCUUCCACUGUGUUACCGGUGCCUUCUCAACUCAAAGCACAGGUGACGUCUACUGGCUUGAACCAUGGUGACAUCUCUAAAAGCCACGGUCAAGGUCUCGUCCAAGUACCCAGCUCUGCACAGGCUGCCAGCACCGAAAGUGAAGUCAUUCGUUCCCCUAAAGCUGUCCAACGACCCUGCCAGUCUCUCCUCGCACAAACCUCUGACCAGGGGCCUUCAGCAGCUGAAGUAAAGUUAGAAGCGCUCACUAAACAGUUGGAAAAAGAGAUGGAUGCCCAACCAAAGGCAGACUACUUUGGAAUCUGUAUAAAGUGUCACAAAUCAGUGUAUGGUGCCAACCAGGCCUGCCAGGCUAUGGGUAGCCUCUACCAUGACACCUGCUUCACCUGCAGUGCCUGCAGCCGAAGACUGAGGGGGAAAGCUUUCUACUAUGUGGGAGGGAAAGUCUUCUGUGAAGAGGAUUUUCUGUACUCUGGUUUCCAGCAAUCUGCAGACAAGUGCAACGCAUGUGGACAUCUAAUCAUGGACAUGAUCCUCCAAGCCCUGGGGAAGUCAUACCACCCUGGCUGUUUCCGCUGUGUCAUCUGUAAUGAGAGCCUUGAUGGAGUGCCCUUCACUGUGGACACUGAAAAUAAGAUCUACUGUGUCAAAGACUACCACAGGGUCUUAGCUCCUAAAUGUGCAGCGUGUAACCAGCCCAUUCUGCCCUCGGAGGGGUCUGAUGAAACUAUUCGUGUUGUAUCCAUGGACAAAGACUAUCAUGUUGAAUGCUAUCACUGUGAGGAGUGUAAGAUGGAGCUGAACGAUGAGGAAGGUCAUCGCUGCUACCCUCUGAAUGGCCACCUUCUCUGCCACUCCUGCCACCUGAAGCACAUCGAGCCUGGCUGCUCGUCUCCCAUUGCAGCCGCCUCCUUCUAACACUACCACGGGUGAGGGGAGACACCUCGUGGAUGUGUGGAGGAACUGCCAAAUGUUGACCAUGACAAUGGGAGCAGAUUUGUACAAUUUUUAUUUAAGAGGACUGAUUAAUGUAAUGCAUCAAUCCAUUGUAUGCUUUGAUGCGUACUAUGACAGGAAGGUUUUUGAAGUAUCGCUGAUGUUUAACACAAAAUAGUUAUGAAGUAUGAAUACUUAACAGUAUUGUUAUAAACCAAAGCUCUACUUUGAAUGCAGUGAAGUACAGCACUAUAUCUGCUGCAGAUGUUUUCCAUAGUUCUUUGUAAGUGUCUGUUGCAGUGGCUGUGUAAAUAUAUGUACAGCAUAUACACUAUGCCUUGAUAAUAAUAUUAACACUUCAGAACACUGCUGUGAAAUUACACUUCAGAUUUUACCAGUAAUUCCUCUGUCCUAAGGUUUUAUUAAUUAUGAUCAUCUACAAAAAGGAUGUGAAGCCCGUUGUAAAAUGUGAAUCAAAUCACAGGUACCUGAUCCUCAGUUAGACAUAAAGGAUAAUGUGCUGCUCACUACGGUUCUACUAACUCGUGUUUGAUUAUGGAUCAAUCAUAUGAAACCAAUAAUGUCUUUUCACAGAAUAUAUAUGGACAUUUUCUACAUGCAAAAAUAGUUACUGCAUAGUUUAAAGUGAUUUUGAAUAGUGAUUAAAUAAUGGUAAUCAAUUCUUUCCCAAUUUAAAAAUUUUAAUGUAUAAAUACUAGUAUCAAUUACAGUGGGUGAAGUCAUGACCUUUAUGCACAAUCAUUUCAUAGAUGUCACCCCCCCCAGGCUUAAUCCACAUUCUGCACAAAAUGCUUUACUCUGUUUUUUCCUUGGGUCUUCAGAAAUGCGCUUUGGUUAAAGCACUUAUAGAUGAGUGAGAUUUCUAUGCACCAAUGUUGGCAUUAGGCCAAACAUUUUCUAUUUCAUAAAGUUAAUACUAUUUUGUAGACGUGUAGGUAUUCACUUUUUUUGCCUUUUGUACAAAUCGUUAAAUAGAAAUUUGAAUGAAGAGAUGCGGUUUUGACUGAUUAAUUAUCUUUGCUAUUCAGUACUUGUCUUGAGUUUUCUAACUUAAUAGUUAUGUUCCUUCUCUGCAGCUUGAAAUGAAAAGAAAAUGUAUACAUGAAAAAUAACAUAUUUAAUAAAUUAGUUGCAAUUGG